UAGGUCACGUCGGCGUCAACAUCACGUCAGGCCAGUUGCGUGCCAGCGAGCAUGUGGUACGGUUGUGUCGGUACAAAUCGGCCCACGAAACCAUGAAUCAUUACCGCGCGUGUUAACAUAAAUACUUUCGAAUGAAAGUACAAACUAAGUAUUGACAUUAAAUUGUUAUUUAAUUAACAAAUUUGAGAAGAUUUCGCUUCACUUGAAGUGCAUCCCAUCAUUUCCACUGCACCGUUUGAAGAGUGUGGACUAGAGAAAGAUUAACAUCAUAUGUGUGAAAUAUUCAAAUAAAUACAGUAACAAAGUGCAAGUGAGAGGAGUAAAUACGAAUCCUGUGUAAUAGAAAGUGUGCGUUGAAACUUAAAAGCGAACGUAAUUCGGUGAAAGUGACAGUUGAGUGGUCAAAAUGACACCGGGCGUUGUAGAAGAUCACGCCAUGGUGGGUCUCGGUAAUAACAACGUGGAGCCCCUAAUGCCGCGCUCCACCGUGCACCUCGAGUUCAAUGACAUAAAAUGCUGCAUCAAUACAUUCACUAUUCAUAAAUUAAAAUUAGAACCUAAGCACAUCCUACGUGGAGUGAGCGGGUGCUUCAAGCCGGGCGAGCUGACAGCCAUCAUGGGUCCCUCGGGCGCCGGCAAGACCACGCUGCUCAACAUCCUAGCAGGUUACUCAACAAAAGGUGCGAAAGGCGAAAUAAAGGUCAACGGUGUGUCGACUUGCGCCUCGCAGUCGACAAGCCGCGGUGGCGCGAGGUACAUUCGCCAGCACGAUGACCUCCGAGUCCAUCUCACCGUGUACGAAUCAAUGGCUCUAGCGGCCGCACUUAAGCUGGCCGACUUCACCGCGCACGAGAGGAAGGAGAAAGUGUACGAGAUCCUGGCGCUAUUGGGCCUGAGUGGAGCGGCGCUGACCAUGUGCCGCGACCUAUCCGGGGGACAAAAGCGACGGCUGGCUGUCUCUCUAGAACUGCUCUCUGAUCCCUCGUUAUUGUUCCUUGACGAGCCUACCACGGGCUUAGAUUCUUCAGCAUCGACAUCCCUGAUAACAUUAUUGAACGGUCUGGCACGCGGCGGCAGAACUUUGAUCGCGACGAUACACCAACCGUCAGCAUUACUGUUUGAGAAGAUUGACUCCGUGUACUGUCUAGCGAACGGCAGGACUUUAUAUUCGGGACCUAGGCAACAUCUCCUACCUGCAUUGUCCAGUGCUGGACUCAGGUGUCCGGCUUACCAUAACCCUGCUGAUUUCUUAAUGGAAGUAGCGUCUGGGGAAUACGAAGUGGACCUCGUGAAAGUUGCCAAAACUAUAACAUAUUUUAAACCUGAACCCAUUGCUGAAGCCAGCUUAGAAGAAGUCAGCUUACAAGACUCUGCACACAUAAGCAUAAACAAGAAACUCAAGCAAAAACCUCUACAAAGCAAUGCCAAGUAUCAACGGAGUUAUUCCAAAAAUAUUUAUAGACCGUCUGGAAAUUUUCGUCAAACCUGGGUAUUACUUUAUAGAAACUAUUUGAUGACGACCAGAAAUUACUCGUUAUUCAUGUACAGAGUGGCGGCACACGUGGUCAUUGCGCUUAUCUUUGGUUACUUGUACUUCGGAGUCGGCAGCGAAGCGAGCAGUGUGCUCGGCAACUAUGUCUACUUGUAUGGAUCUAUGCUACUCGUCGUUUACACUGGAAAGAUGUCCGUGACACUAUCGUUUCCACUUGAAAUGGAUAUAUUAAAAGGAGAAUACUUCAAUCGAUGGUAUAACCUGGGACCGUACAUAUUUUCAGUAUUGGCUGUUGAAUUACCCUUUCAGAUGAUCUCAUGCGUUUCAUACGUAGUACUGUCGUAUUGGCUAACAGAUAACCCACUGGAGCCAACACGGGCCACACUAUUCCUUGCCACCAUCGUAGCAACUUCCCUGUGCGCGCAAGCGUGGGGAUAUUUCAUAGGUUCAACUACACCUACCAAGAUUGCAGUAUUCAUUGGUCCAGUACUAGCGUGUUUAUUCUCCGUUUUCGGCUUCUGUCUGGCGCUGUCGGACACCCCAUAUCCUUUCCGCUGGCUGCACCAUAUUUCCUACUUCAGAGCCGGUUUCCACGUCGCCGUUCAUUCCGUUUAUGGCUUUAAUAGGACCAAGAUUCAUUGUGCAAAAGAAUAUUGUCACUACAUAACACCUAGCAAGUUUUUAGUGGAAAUGGACAUGGCACACGUUGACGUGGGUGGCAACAUGGCGCUGGUAUUAUCCACAACAGUCCUGAUGCACCUGCUCACAUGUGGCGCCCUCUGGUAUCGACUAAAUAAAAGAUGAAAUAAAAAAAAAUCUUAUUAGAUCUGCAGUAAAUGCGACUGAAUUAUUAUUAUUAUAAAUUAAGACAUUGUAGUGGUGUUAGUUAAUUUUGAUACAAUGUAGGUUUGAGUAGAGAAAAUUUGUUGCCUUAAGUUAGUUAAUUUUCAAGACACUUUUAUAACUAAAUUCAGUGUAAUAUUGUU